AUAUAUUUAACAUAAAACAGAGGAAUGAUGCUUCUUUCCAAGUAAAAAAAGAAAAGAAAACAGGGCAGGAUAUUGAGAGAUCCAAUGAUUGAGAAAUACAGGGGUGGACGAAUAACAAAACUCCAGUUAACCAACAAAACUUGUCAGAGCAGGCAAAGAAAUAGAAGCUGCAUAAUGGAGUGCCACAUAUUUUCCAUUAUUUUCCUGAUCUUGACUAUGGAGUGUUCAGCGAGCAGAUUCUUCAUCUCAGCCCCCCGCGUGUUUCAUGUGGACGUUAAUGAGGACGUUUUUGUCCAGAUGGGAAACUCUUAUCUUAAUAGUACUGUCACUCUCUACCUGGAGCAUGAGAGUACCAGUACUGUUGUGUCUGGGAAGAAAAACAAAACAGUUGAACUCAUGAUAGACAGGGGGAGCAUGUUAAGAUUGCUUCGACAUAAUGAGCUAAGAUACUUGCUGCUGGUGGCAGAGAGCCCCUCCUUCAGUACCAGGAAGACAACAAAGGUUCUGAUAUACAAACACAGGGGCUAUAUCUUCUUUCAGACUGACCAGCCAAUCUACAACCCAACAUAGAAAGUGAGGUACAGGGUGUUCACUCUUGACCAUACGAUGAAGCCUCACGAGGAGGUGUUCCAGAUAUCAGUAUAUAAUGCUGUUGGAAAUAGAGUAAUGAAGAUACUAAAGACUGCCAAGGCAGGGAUACUCCAAGGCAUAUUCCCCAUACCUGAUGUAUUGAAAUUGGGCACAUGAAGGAUUACAGCACACUAUGAAGAUGAUGAAGCAAAUGCUGUUUCCCGAGAGUUCAAAGUCCAGAAAUUUGUUUUACCAAGUUUUGUGGUGGGCAUUGCAAUGGAGCAGAGCUAUAUUUUGUUGAAGGCAGAACAGUUUGACUUCGCCAUCUCAGUAAGGUAUUCAUAUGGCGAGCAAGUGAAAGGGGCUUACCACUGCCAAUUUGGAGUGAGUGAAAAAGAUAAAACCCAGAAAAUAAAGCCUUUGUUGAUCAGGGGGCUGGAGUUAACUGAUUCGGUCAGGGAUGGAGCUGCAGCAGCUUCUUUUCAGAUAGAAGACUGAAAGGUGCACCUCCUAAAACAGCAGAACAAAACCCUCUCCGAGUUACAGCAGAGGGGAGCACAACUCUACUUGAGAGUCUUUGUCACCAACAUACAAAGUGGUGAAAUACAAGAGGCAGAAGUUUACCUUCCUAUCGUCGCCCAUAAAUACACCAUGGACUCUCGAACUCGCUCAUAUUUCCUUCCCGGAUACCCGCUAGAUGUGGUGGUAUGCAUGAAACUCACAGGGGACUCCCCAGCAGCUGGUGUACCAGUAAAGAUUCAUGUACCAACAUCUUUAGAGGAAUCUUGGCAAGGAACCACCAACCAGGAGGGGGCAGUGUUUCCUGUCUUUAAUAUUCUCACUGCAGAUCAGAUUACUGUUAAAGUGUCGGCAGAUGGCCAGCAACAAAGGUAAGUAAUUCCGAGUGCUUCAUCUCCGAGUAACAGCUUUCUUUACUUGAGUAUUACCAACAAGAUGUACUCUGUGGACGAUCUACUAAAUGUAAAGUACAACACCAUCAAUGGCCAAAAACUUGGGUUUAUAUACUACAUGGUCUUGAGUCGCGGGAUCCUAAUAAAAAAGGUCUCUCUCGAAGUUGGUAUUUCAGUAAUAGACAACCUGCAAAUAACAUCUGAUAUGGUGCCAUCCUUCCGUCUGAUUGGCUACCUAUAUAACGAGGGUGGUGACAUCAUUGCAGACUCGCUGUGGGUAGGUGUCAAGGAUGAAUGUGAGCUAAAGGUCAAGGUAGAACAAAAAGGCCCGUCCGAACCUGGAAAACAGUCUUGGAUAGAAAUUGAUUUACAUGGCCAGAAAGCCAAAGUGGCUUUGCUGGCAGUAGAUAAGGCCAUCUACGCUCUGAAUGCCGAUAAUAAACUCACAGGUAAACAUGUGUUUUCCUCCAUGCAGUCGUGUGACCUUGGUUACUCAUACAGCGGAGGAUCUGACCCUGAAUCUGUGCUAACAGAUGCUGGCAUGUCUUGUGUAUCUCAAUCCCAAUCAAUGUGGGAAAAGAGCUGUGAUUCACAAGCUGCAGGACAAAGGCGUGCAGUGGACCUUCAACAGGAAAUGAUGACUUUAAAAUCAAACUUUUCCGAUGAUCAUUUGCAAGGCUGUUGUGUUUGCGGGUUUUCUCUCAUUAAUUGAACUUAAUUUAAACCUCUUGGGUAUCAUUUGACGCUACCUGAUUCCAUCACCACAUGGGAGAUUCAGGUCGUCACUUUAUCUGCAGCCACUGGUUUCUGUGUAGUUAAGCCGUCUGAGAUCAAAGCAUUUAAGAGGGCAUUUGUUUAUCUGCAACUGACUUAUUCAGUGAAGAAAUAUGAGCAACUAUCCAUUUCGUCUGUUAUCUACAACUAUGGCGAUACCAGACGACAGAUCGCAGUUUAUAUGGAAAAAACUGAAGGGCUUUGCUCCCUCGGCUCUGCCACCACUACAUCUUUUGUUAACAUUCCUACUGUGGAACCAGAGACUUCCCAGUUGGUCUCCUUCUCUGCUGUUCCCAUGGUAACUGGCUCAAUACCCAUCAAAAUACAUCUCUAUGACAUCGAGAAUGAGAUGGGAAUAGAUGCAGUUGAAAAGACUUUGAGUGUGUUGGUGAGUGACAAAGAUAUUUGGGUGUCAGGCAGGCAGGACCACGGUACAGAUCUACAGGCCAUUAACAAACAAUGUUAUAGAUUUAUUUGGUUUUUAACACAGCUAAAACUUUCUUUGUCAGGUUAUAUAAGGAUUUUAACAUACAAGAAACCCACCGGUUCUUAUGGAGCAUGGGGUUCGGUGCAAUCUAGUAAUUGGGUGACUGCCCUUGUGGUGAAAGUGCUAUCGUUGGUGGCGCAGCGUCAGCCAGGGACUUUUGAACAGCAGGGCAGGAAGGCUAUUGUUGUACCAGAGGAUCAGAUCAGUCACUCAGUCACUUUCUUGCUCUCAGUACAGAAGGCUGAUGGGUCAUUUCGUGACCCACAUCCAGUGCUACACAGAGGAGUUCUGGUAACCUCUACUGCAUCCAUGUUCGAACAUUUGCAUCAUGCUUAUCUUUCUUUAGAACCAUGUCAUAAAAUACAAAAUAUAUUCCUCUCAGGAAAUGUUCGGAGAAUCACAAAGAAUGUCCGUUUGCUACAUGCUUGCUUCCUUCCUACAGUAGAUUACGCAUACAUGGUUGAAGUCCUCAGUGUUUCCAUGAAGAGUAACUUUGAGCUGUACAAAAUUAAUGUAAACGAGGUACUCAGAUCACAUAAAGAUUUCGAGGUGAAUGAGAAUUCCAUUCGAGUGUUUGCUAAGCGGCGUCAGUGUAGGGGACAGUUAGAUGUGGGAAUGCAAUAUCUCAUCAUGGGAAAAGAUGACUCCACAACGGACUCAAGUGGAAAGAUUCAGUAUCUGUUGGAGUCAAACACCUGGGUUGAAAGAAAGCUUUCUGAAGAAGAAUGUAAAAAAUCCUCACAUAAAACUGCCUGCAGAAGGUUUAAGGUGUUUACGGAUGAGUAUAAAAUAGAUGGCUGCAGACAGUGAAACAGACAAAUAAUUUUGAUUAAACUUUCAUUUUAAUAGUUUCCCAUGGGAUGCACAGUCAGCAUGGAAGUCUAGAGCUCUUCUUUUUACCGUUUUCAAUCAUGAAAUAAUAGUAUAAGAACAUAUUACCAGACAGUAAGUGAAUGGCUGACUCCAUUGUCGUGUCAUUUUUAAGUUUACGACACUUAAACCAUGUCUUUAUCUCUAGUGUUUAUAUAAAAUAAUGUUUGCUAAAAUCUUUGAGAUCAUUAUUUGAAAAUGGAACUGAACACAGCAGUUAACAGUUGCUCUUUUAUGUCCUUCCAAAUAGUGUGAUUCAGCUUUUUCUGCUGAAUAUAUUUAUUUUUGAUGUUUUUUUUUCUUCUACUGCCAGUAACGGCUCUGAGAGGGGUCUCUGUACUCAAUGCAACCCCCCUCAUAGUUACCGCCUUCCCAAUUUAACAUCUGCAAUGUAAGGAAGAAGGGAGACGGGGAGUGGUUUGGGGUGAGCAACACAGUAACUACUCAUAAAGUGGCAUAACAGUCUGCACAUCAGACCUGCUCCCAGUGGAGUCACCCAGGGAUAGUAUUUGGAUCAAUCAAUCAGCUCAUAAUGACAAUAGAUCUUCAUUUGCUCUUGAGAGCCAACAGUCCUCUUCUCAAACUUGCUCCACUUAGAAGCCUGCUGCAGACGAGUACAAUUAUAUAAUACAUGUUGUGUGAUAUAGAGAGAAUUUGUGGGAGAA